AUGGCCACAAUCAUCGCUGAGAUGGCCUCGGCCGUGACGACCUCCACACAGAUCGGUGAAUCCUUAUCCGGCAUUUUUGGCUGCAUCAGUCUGGUCGCUUGGAUAUGUUUGCUUCUUCCCCAGCUUGUCACCAAUUACAAGGCCCAGAGCGCAGAUGGCCUUUCAAUGGGUUUCCUCUUCAUUUGGCUUCUCGGUGACAUCACAAACCUUGCUGCGCAUGUCCUGCCCGGCGCAAGCGCACGUGCCUGGUUCACCGCCAAGCUGACCGACUGUCUCUGUGUAACAGGCGCGCUCGUUACGAAUCUUGCCCCCUCUGCCGUCGCAAUAGGAUGCUACUUCUGCGUCGCCGAUGUGAUCCUUAUCAGUCAAUCCCUAUACUACAAUGCCAUCAAUGCCCGACGGAGGAACCGUGAGCACCUCGCCUCGUUGCAGGCACAGGCCACCGAGGAGGAGCCGCUCCUUUCCCGCCGGCGGUCGAGCUCCGGUGCCGGGGGGCUGCCGGGAAGCCACAGGCGCCACUCUGUGCGACGGGGCUCGUCAGGCCUGGACCCGCUGACGAGGAUCGUGACGGGAGAGGACGAGACGCCGCAACGGAGCCCAUGGCUGACCAACACGCUGAGUCUCUUUGCGGUGUACGCGCUCGGUGUCGUGGCCUGGUUCGUCAGCCGGGAGGUGCUUCCGUCCAAGAGUGACGAUGCGCAGGACCCUGCCGGAUCCGACCCGGCAAACGCGGGCAAAGACCCGGUAGUGGUGGUGGGCAUGGCCCUGGGAUAUAUCAGCGCGCUGUGUUAUCUGUGCGCGCGCAUCCCGCAGAUCAUCAAGAACUGGCGAGAGAAGUCCACUGAGGGCCUGGCGCUCCUGUUCUUCCUUCUCUCACUCACAGGAAACCUUACCUAUGGCGCGAGCCUCGUUGCGUAUUCCCAGGACAGCGCCUACAUUCUCAAGGCUCUGCCCUGGCUGUUGGGCUCGCUUGGUACGAUUGCCGAGGACGCGAUCAUCUUUGUGCAGUUUAAGUUAUAUUCCAAGACAGGUCAGGCCAAGGAAGAUGCGGUCGAGGAGAACGGCGAUGGGCCAUCGUACUCAGCCUAG